GUAACCGCCACCCUGAGCACGGGUAUAUAAAAGCCCUGAGACACAUCUGUCCGGAGAACCGCUCUCUGUUCAUUAUAGACACCUCUCAGAUGAUUUAAGUCUUUUUAAAGUCUUUUCUCAAACACGAGCUGGAUUUACCUGAGUGUUAGCAUCUCUUUAUAGUGUUGAUAGUGUUUAUAGAGACAUCAUGAUUCCACCUGGAGACUGUCUGUAUGCUGGGAGGAAGAGGAGAAAGCCCAUUCAAAAGCAAAAACCGGCAGGCGUGAACCAGAAGUCGAACCCGUCUAAGAGACACCGGGACCGACUCAAUGCCGAGUUGGAUCGACUGGCCAGCCUGCUGCCCUUCACUCCAGAGGUCAUCUCUAAACUGGACAAGCUGUCAGUGCUGCGUCUCAGCGUGAGCUAUCUCCGGGUGAAGAGCUUCUUCCAAACUAUUCAGGAGAAAUCAAGCAAAAAGCAAAGCCCUGCAUCCUGCAGCCCUGAGCCCAAGAAACACAGUCUAGGCAACAGCAUUAUGGAAAGUGAUCUUCUUCUUGAGUCUUUGACAGGGUUUGCGCUGAUUGUCAGCUCAGAUGGAGUCAUCUUCUACGCUUCCUCGACAAUCGUAGACUACCUGGGCUUCCAUCAGACCGACGUGAUGCACCAGAAUGUAUUUGAUUAUAUCCAUGUGGACGAGCGGCAGGAGUUCAGAAGACAGCUGCACUGGGCCAUGAAUCCCCAGCAGGAACACCACUUUCCCUCAGGAACUGAUGAAGACUACAUGGUGAGAAGCCUGUUUAAUGCUCAAGAGCUAGACGGCGUCCCUACUGAACUGUCUCCAUUCCUGACUCGCUGCUUCAUCGCUCGAGUACGCUGCCUGCUUGACAACAAGUCCGGCUUCUUGAGGAUGCAGUUCCAGGGCAGUCUGAAGUUCCUCCAAGGCCAGAAGAGGAAGAGUAAAUCCGGAGUUUUGAUGCCUCCUCAGCUGGCUCUGUUCUGUGUGGCCGUGCCGCUCGUCCUGCCCUCCAUCACCGAGCUCAAGAUUAAGGGCAUGAUUAGCAAACAGAAAGGCUCCAACAUCAGCGAAAAAAGGCACCCAACUGCUCGCACCUCCUGUGAUGCCGGCGACAUGGCGCUUAACUGGCACGGCAGCUCCUGGGCCGCUCUCAGCAAAGAAGGCGCCCAGUAUAAAAGUGAAGGUUUCUACAGCCAGGAUGAGCCUCUGAACUACUGCGUGUCCUCUAUGGCGGUCCACAAAGCGCAGCCUACUCAAAGUUCCUGGGACUCUCGGUGUCACUCUGCCUCAAACAGCGGCUACUUCGGCAGCAAACUGGGGAAACACGUCCAGUCCGGAAAAUUCCGCUUCUCCCCAGGAUGCGCUGCUGCGAUGUCCCAGUGUAAGGAGUAUGGACUCGGUGAUAAGGACGCGUACUGCGGGUACAGGAAGACUGAGAGCAGAUACGUGGGCAAUGACGAUUGUUACAGCAACGCACUGCUACCCGAGACCGCCAUAAAGACAGAGCAGGACUCUGACUCGGAGAACGGAUGCAGCAUAUACGGCGCGCCUCAUAACGGCGCCUGGCGCUACAGCGCGCCCUUCCCUGACGCACAACAGGUGAAAACAGAGGUAGACUAUGACGAGCACUAUAGCAAGCCUUGCCUCACGAACAUCUCUAGCAUCAACGGUCACCACAAAUAUCUCUAUGCAGGAGCGGGCAGACCGCUAAAAUGCGUCCUUAAUAAAGACCAUUCAGAUCCGAACAGCCUCCAGGGUACAAACUGCCACGCGUACAUGAACAGCUCCGAGUCCAAGGUCUUUAUGCAGCCUGACUACAAGCUGAACUACGAGGUGAGGAACCACAGUCUUCUCCAUCCCAUCAAAAGAGAACCUAUGGACUCUCUGCCCUGGACUGAUGGCAGCCAUGAUGUUAUACAAGUGGACAGAAAUGACGCGAACUGUGCACUGAACUCAGUGGUGCACAAAACCAGUGCCUAUCUGUAUAUGCAAUAACCUUCAACGCCAAAUGCUACAUUUUUGAAGCUCAGGUAUAUGUCUUAAUAUAGACAGGUGUUAUAACACUUGUUUUUUAAGGGCUAGUUCUCUAUUACGGCACUUUAGAAGAAAUAAGAGAGUAUUUUGUAGCUAAUAUUUGUAGCAUAAAUUUUGUAGUUACCUGAUAUGGAAUCGUACGUCAUAUACAGUUUGUACAUUUCAUUUAUAAUGCAUCUUCCCAUAAGCCUGAUUUUAAAAUGUACAGACCACAGAAAGAAGGAAGAACUCCUCGGUUAUGAGAUACUAUUUAUACCACCUCAAAUUCUCCGUUCUGAUUGGUCAGAAGAUAUAGAACAUUUUUCUGUAACAGCAGCUUUGUGAGUCUCUUCUGUUGUCUUGUUUCUAUAGUCACAGGGACUUACAUUAUAUUGCCAAAAGUUUUGGGACAUCUGUCUUUACAUGCACAUGAAUGUAAUAUGGAGUUGUCCCACCCUUUGCAGCUAUAACAGCUUCAACUCUUCUGGGAAGGCUUUCCACAAGGUUUAGGAGUGUGUUUAUGGGAAUUUUUUUACCAUUCCUCUAGAAGCACAUUUGUGAGGUCAGGCACUGAUGUUGGACGAGAAGGUCUGGCUCGCAGUCUCCACUCUAAUUCCUCCCCAAGGUGUUCUACAGGGCUGAGGUCAGGACUCUGUGCAGUUCCUCCACACCAAACUCACUCAUCCAUGUCUUUAUGGACCUUGCUUUGGUCACUGGUGUGCAGUCAUGUUGGAACAGGAAGGGGUCAUCCCCAAACUGUUCCCACAAAGCAUGAAAUUGUCCAAAAUGUCUUGGUAUGAAGCUGAAGCAUUAAGAGUUCCUUUCACUGGAACUAAGGAGCCGAGCCCAACCCCUGAAAAACAACACUUGGAGGGGUGUCCCAAAACUUUUGGCAAUAUAGUGUAUAUGGCAGACAUUCCACGUAAUCUAAAUUGAUUUUAAAAAUAUGCAUUGCUAUUUAUCAACAGAUUAUUAGAUGCUUAUUUACCAGGAAUGGAAGGAGUCUCCAGUGUCACUGUGAUGUCUUGAUGAGUGGAAGCAGCUUGUGCUUUCUCUGCAAUAUGAGAAGUUUUCUUUGUUUCUUUGUUUUUUUCUGUAAGAGACGAAUAGAGAUGCAGACGAAUGAAAAAUGUUUCUAGCCUCCAUAAUGUAAGCGAUAAUGGUUCAUGGACAUUUUCUUAGUUAUAAAUGGAUGAAAUUUGAACUACAUUGCUUUUGUAUAAUAAGGUUUAAACAUUUGAGGUGUAUUGAUGAUUAGAUACAAAUACGAUUGACUGAAAUAUCGAGAAAUUCUCAUUGCUGUCAACGAAAACUCCUUUAGUUUUGCGGUGCAGCCGCUAACGUUAACACAGUCCAGAGUGAAAUGUAUUGAUGAUAAUCAGUAUUCUGCAUCGACAAAAAUCGUGGCUUGUGGCCAUUUUAGGUCCAAAACUCAGUUCUCAGUUGUUUUUUUUAUAGGCUUUGGCUUUGAUUUGAAAGUCUCACACACAGAGGAUAAUGUAUGCGCCACACUCAGCUUCAAAGUAUCAUCUGUUUCUGUAUCGUCUGAUCAAGAACGCCGUUUCAUCCGAGGACGAAGAUGCUCCUGGCGUCAGAUUUGCAUGUGCGUGCGAGCGGGCAUGUGACAGUGUGCACUUGUUUUUCCGUGUGUGUGUCUGUGUGUGUGUGUGUGUAUAUAUGUAUGACAAUAUUCUGUGAUGAAGAAAAUUUAAUGUUUGAAUAAAUGUUUUAAUUUAA